UUGUCACAAGCAAUUCCAAUUGAGUUGUUAGCUAAUUUCUCUCGUUGUCAUAUUCUAGUUUCAACUUAUGGAGUUUACCUCUAAUAAUAUGCUUCCUUUUGUUUCAAUGUUUUGGCUUGUGUUCCUAAGUCCUUUAGUGAACUGUCAACUUUAUUAUAAUUUCUAUGACUCAACUUGUCCAAACCUGACCGGAAUUGUUCGAUCCAACGUGUGGUCAGCUAUGGCCAAGGAUGCAAGAAUUGCUGCUUCUCUCUUGCGCCUUCAUUUCCAUGAUUGUUUUGUCAUUGGAUGUGAUGCAUCUGUGCUACUUGAUGAUACGGGCACUUUAAAGGGGGAGAAAAACGCACUGCCUAAUAAAAAUUCACUCAGAGGAUUUGAGGUCAUUGACACAAUCAAGUCUGCAUUGGAGAAGGCUUGUCCAUCCACUGUGUCAUGUGCUGAUAUACUUGCUCUAGCGGCAAGAGAAGCUGUUAAUCUUAGUAAAGGUACAUUUUGGUAUGUGCCUCUGGGUCGUAGAGAUGGUACAACAGCAAGUGAGAGCGAGGCAAAUAACUUGCCAUCACCCUUUGAACCUAUAGAAAACAUUACCGCCAAGUUUAUAUCCAAGGGUCUUGAAAAGAAGGAUGUGGCAGUACUCUCAGGUGCACACACUCUUGGCUUUGCUCAAUGCUUCACGUUCAAGCCUAGGCUCUUCGACUUUGGUGGCUCUGGUAAAUCUGAUCCAGCACUUGAUGUUUCACUCCUACAAAAUUUAGUGAAACUGUGUCCAAAUCAAGCUGACUCUGACACCAAUUUGGCUCCCUUGGAUCCCGUCACCACCAACACAUUUGAUAACAUGUAUUACAAAAACAUUGUGAACAAUUCGGGGCUGCUUCAGUCAGACCAGGCUCUUUUGGGUGACAGCACCACUGCUUCACUGGUCAACACGUAUAGCAAGUGGCCUCUUAUGUUCUUCAGAGACUUUGGAAUAUCUAUGGAGAAAAUGGGUCGCAUAGGUGUACUCACAGGAUCACAGGGGCAAAUAAGAACAAACUGUAGGGCUGUUAACUAGAUAUAUAUCCGGCCAUUUGCAUUUGCUCUUUGUUGGCUUUUAGAAAACUUUGCAGAAUGCAGACUUCUAUUAUAUAAAUGUAUAAUAAUAUGCUAGGGCCUAGGAGCAUGUUUGUGUGUUUCGAUAAUUAAUGGAUGCAACUAGAUUUAAUUAUCAAAUACUGUAUUUUUCUUUCUGUCGUGAAAAAGUUAAGUUUAAAGAAAAAA